GGAAGGAGUUGUCAAGCUCUUACUUCGAAAGGCCCCGGCGGAAGCGAGAGCCAGGUGUGAGUUUGUAACUUGAGUGGAGCUCACCGGGGCUCGGUUGACAAUAACACAGGAAGAAGCAACGGCAGCUUUUGUUGUUGGUGUCUGUUGGAACAUGGCUCAGCAUGGACAUCAUGGAGCCAGUUCUCAGAAGGCGCUCAUGCUGGAGAUGAAAAGUGUGCAGGACGAGCCGGUGGAAGGAUUUAAGAUCACUUUGGUGAACGAGUCUGACAUGUACAACUGGGAAGUGGCCAUCUUCGGACCCCCCAACACUCACUACGAGGGGGGCUACUUUAAGGCUCUUCUCAAGUUCCCAGUGGACUACCCCUACUCUCCACCUGCGUUCCGCUUCCUCACCAAAAUGUGGCAUCCUAACAUUUACGAGAAUGGAGACGUGUGCAUCUCAAUCCUGCACCCACCAGUGGAUGACCCCCAGAGUGGUGAGCUGCCCUCGGAGAGGUGGAACCCCACACAGAACGUGAGGACCAUCCUACUCAGCGUGAUCUCUCUGCUCAACGAGCCCAACACCUUCUCCCCCGCCAACGUGGACGCCUCCGUCAUGUACCGCAGGUGGAGGGAAAGCAAAGGCAGGGACCGGGAGUACAUCGACAUCAUCAGGAAGCAGGUGCUGGCCACCAAAGGUGACGCAGAGCGCGAUGGCGUGAAGGUGCCCGUCACGCUGGACGAGUACUGCGUCCGCACGCAGGUGCCGCCCACGGACGACGGCUCCAACCUGCUGUACGACGACUACUACGACGACGAGGACAUGGAGGACGAGGAGAACGAGAACGAGGACUGUUGCUACGACGACUCGGGCACCGAGGAUUCCUGACCUCCUCCGCCACGCCUUCUUCCUCUGGAACCUUGGCCACGCCUCCUCCUCCUCCUCCACCUGUGUGGCACCUUCCCACACACUGACUUCUCAGAUACAUAGUGGGAUGAAGAUGAGCUGAUUGCAGUUCCACUCCUAAGUGUGUGUGUGUGUGUGUGUGUGUGUGUGUGUGUGUGUGUGCGCGUGUGCGUGUGUGUGUCGGAAGCCCUGCCAUGUUUCUUUCACCUCUGACCUUUUAAAGCCCACUUGAGCCGUUCACACCCUCGUGCCUUCCCUCCACGACCUUCCUCCCCCACCUUGCUUGAGUAUUUCCUUAGUGGACACUUAGGGACGUUCCCUCACAAGGUGGACCAGACCACGUGAGCGUCGUCCACCUGCUGGAACCUUCUGCUCUUUAUAGCCAACAGACGCCGUUCGUGGCUUGGAGAUCAAACGGAGUCGGGGAGCAGACGAGGAAUCCUGCGACGGUCCUUCACCCCCCCACACCCCCCUGUUUUCCUGAGUCCAACUGAAAGCUAAAAAGCAGUAUUUGUACAGGUGCAUCGUGUCAGGAGGUCAGGGGUCAACGUGGACACACUGUCCAUUCCGGUUUGGAAUCUUCUCUAAUGCAAAAAAAAAAAAAAAAAAAAAAAAAGGUCCUCCAUUUUUACAUGUUUGUUUGUUAAAAGGGCUGAGAGGUUUUUCCCGUGCAGUCUUUGUCUUUCCACGUGUGGAGUGAUGAGGAGAGCACACAUGUGACGCCAUCAUGUGACCCCUGUGGGUUUACAUCUGCAUAUAGAAGCAACACUUCAGGAAAACACCUUUUUCACUCCAUGGACUGUUUACAAUCUACCUUCACAUGCACACCUGGAUGCUUUUGUUUUCUAUUUAAAAUAAAGAUCUUUAUUAGA